AUGCAGAAGCAAAAGUAAGUUCAGUACCUAUUAUACUCAUUCAUUUCUAGACAAUCCAAAAGGACGACAAGGAAGACGGUCAAAGAGGAUAUUGGCGCUGGUUCCUGUGAGUCCACUCAAAAGGCAUCAUCGAAAUAUAACAAUGAGCCAAAAACAAGUACUCGAAGGCGCAGAAAGAGCACACGUCCCAGACAUAGGACGUCAGUCAUGACAGCAGAAGAAGUAGAUGCACCUCGAGCUAGUCGGACACGGAGGAGUCGAGGAACUCGCACUUUUGAGACCAGAGAGGACGAUCAAGCAGGUAUAACACCACUUUUUCACUUCUAUGAAGCUUGCCUACCUCGGCGCGUUUCGCUGAUUUCAGCUUUCGAACAAAUCGACGGAUUUUAAAAGAGACUUCGCCAGUUGUGGAAGGAGGGUCUGCCCUAGAAUUUGACCCCCACUUUUUUCUGUCUUAACUGAUGACGUAUAGGCUGUUAAACAACUUGGUGAAUUUUUUUCGAAAAAUUCGUCAUCAUGACCGAGAUAUGACACAUUUAUUGAAUUUCGUUUAAUGUGAUAUAUUGUGCUAAUUUAUCGCCGAAACAUUGCAGAACUGAGUACACAUACGUUAUAGGCCAUACUGAACAACUUUGUAAUUGACCCCAAGUUUGUCAGGAUACUGUAACAUACCGUAACGCCCAUGCUUGAUCAAUAAAUCUCGAUUUUCUCGAUUUUUUUCAAUAAUUUUCUCGGAAUUUUUUUGCAUUUUUGGAAUCAGUAUCAAAUUCUGCAUCGGAUAGACUAUAUGCGCAUCUCCAGAUAGGUGUACAAAAAUGUCGUGGCGCAACCGGUAGUGGGUCGGACUACCAUUCAAAAGGUCCCGGGUUCGAGUCCGGGUGGAAGCAAAAAUGCUCAAACGCGCUGGAAAUUGUACCAAAACAGUUUUAACCUAUUGGAACUGUGUUUAAAAUAAAUAAUAAUUAACACUGUUGCCUAAAAAGGCUAAAUUUUGGAUUUUACGAAAUUUUUGAAAAUCAUGAUUUUUGUGGGCCCAAAUCUGCCGAAGAAAUGAAAAUUUUUUGUAAGCGAUUUUUUUGUUUAGAAACAACGCAUGGCACAUAGAAAGACUAUUCCUCAAAGGAUUUCGUUCAGUUUUGCCCAAAACACCAAAAAAAUUUCGUAUUUUGGCACUUGACAAAAAAUUGAAAUAAUGACUUUCAGGAGUCCUUACGCGGAAUCGUUUCCAAUUUUAUAGGGCAGUAUUUUGCGCUGCUUUCAAAUAUCCUUCUAAUAGCCGCGAAAAUUUUCCACAAAAAAUUUUACAUUUGAAAAUUUGUAGAUAUUCACAUAUUUCAUGAUGUUACAGUAUUCAAGCUUGUAAAAUUUGCUAAGAAUUCGACUCCCCAUAGUGGAAAACAUGUGUAUCCACGUUUGAAUGACGUCACUUCGGCUUACUGGGUUCUGGCGGUGCUCUCCGAUUAAAACGAAAAAGUUCAACUUUUUGGUGUUUUGGGCAAAACUGAACGAAAUCCUUUGAGGAAUAGUCUUUCUAUGUGCCAUGCGUUGUUUCUAAACAAAAAAAUCGCUUACAAAAAAUUUUCAUUUCUUCGGCAGAUUUGGGCCCACAAAAAUCAUGAUUUUCAAAAAUUUCGUAAAAUCCAAAAUUUAGCCUUUUUAGGCAACAGUGUUAAUUAUUAUUUAUUUUAAACACAUUUCCAAUAGGUUAAAACUGUUUUGGUACAAUUUCCAGCGGGUUUGAGCAUUCUUGCUUCCACCCGGACUCGAACCCGGGACCUUUUGAAUGGUAGUCCGACCCACUACCGGUUGCGCCACGACAUUUUUGUACACCUAUCUGGAGAUGCGCAUAUAGUCUAUCCGAUGCAGAAUUUGAUGCUGAUUCCAAAAAUGCAAAAAAAUUCCGAGAAAAUUAUUGAAAAAAAUCGAGAAAAUCGAGAUUUAUUGAUCAAGCAUGGGCGUUACGGUAUGUUACAGUAACCUGACAAACUUGGGGUCAAUUACAAAGUUGUUCAGUAUGGCCUAUAACGUAUGUGUACUCAGUUCUGCAAUGUUUCGGCGAUAAAUUAGCACAAUAUAUCACAUUAAACGAAAUUCAAUAAAUGUGUCAUAUCUCGGUCAUGAUGACGAAUUUUUCGAAAAAAAUUCACCAAGUUGUUUAACAGCCUAUAUGUCAUCAGUUAAGACAGAAAAAAGUGGGGGUCAAAUUCUAGGGCAGACCCCCAUUUGAGCCUGCUUCAGCAACUCGCGAAGUGUCUUUUAAAAAAAAAUUCGAAGCAUUGUACCUUCUUUUUUCAGAAACUCAACAAGACGAUUUGAGCCGAGGAAACCUUUACAGACGAAAGAAAUCGAGCCGCCUCAACGACAAUUCCCCACAUGACAGGAAACGUAAAAAACGCCCAGUUAUCACUUUGGCAACAAAAGUUGGCUCCGAUGGUAUCACCGAAAAUGACGCCGUUGUAACCGCGGAAGCAGAGGAAGGAGAAAAUCCCGGCGUAGAUGAAAAGAAAGAGGAAGCCGAAGCAGAUGCUCGUCCCAAGGAAAGGGUAAGCCAUCUUACGCACACAAGUCAGAUAUAAUACUGCAUUCCGUUGCAUUAAUCUUAUAAUAUUUUAGGGAAUUGAUCCUGCAGAGCUCGAAAAGAUUGACUUCUUCCAUUACUACCUCAGCCGCGAUGAUUAUUAUACAAUCCUGAACGAGGACGGAGAUUUUUUGAUUGCAUAUAAUGUCGAGAAGAAGAAACAAGUGGAUCUGGUGGUCAGAUCUGAGCAGGACAUCAAGACCUUUCCCCUGAUCUACAAUUCGGAUGGAUAUUCGAUCGACGGCAAGCAUCCGCAAUACACUAUCCCGGCUUACUUGAAGUAUAACACUUGUAUCAUUCUUUAUCUAUCUCAUUUUAGAUAUCUAACCAAUGAAAAAGUCAAUUUGGAUGGCGAGACAGUCAUCGUGACGCCACAAAAACGUAAGCCCUGGAUAUUCGAAGAGCAGAAAGCCUGUGUCAUCCACGACAAAAAGCCGUUCAAAGGAAAGGAUUACCUUAUUUUCAAUGGAGAAAUUAAAACCCGAGGCCGAAAUCAGAACGUUUACGUCAAGAAGAGCCGCAAUUUCAACGCCCAGUUCUUGGAAGAGAUCUCUCAGGAGCACCGACUCUUCAGACACAUGAUAAAUUGGUCUCCGUUUGCCGUCGAAGUCAUUGGAUAUUGUGCAUCACACACUGGAGUGGGAGUGAGUUCUAGUCUAGCCAGGGAGAACAUCAAGAAUCUUUUCCUAAUUUUAUCUCAUUUUAGUUGAUCCUCGAGCGAGAUGAUGGCAUACGAUUAAGCGACUUCAUCGAGAAAAGCUCGGUAAGAAUGGCCACGAAAAACGAAAAAAAAGUAAUGUUAUGUUGUAGGUAACGAAGGUCCAGAAGAAACUAUUCUGUUUUGAUGCCGCAAUCGCUGUCUGCUUUCUUCAUUUGAGUAAUGCUGGGAUCGUGCACGGAGCGAUUCAACCCGAGAACUUCGUAGUCGACAAAAAGUUUAUGAUGGCCAAGAUUACCAACUACAAGCAUUCGUUCGCUUUGCCGGAAAGAAGAAUUGCUAAUUUUAAUCGGAUACCACCGGUAAGACUGAAGUAUUGUUCUCCGGAGAUUGCCAGGGAAGGAUGGUCAAAGGCCAGCGAUGUCUGGUCAUUGGGGUAAGAGUAAGAUUAUGCGCGAUGUUUUUUAGUAUCACUAUGUGGAUGUUGCUGAAUGGAAUGAGCAAGAACCCGCUUGCUGCUCUUUCUGGAGGUUUCCCAUCCCAGUUCGAGACCGAUCCCAAACUUAAACCAGUUCUAGAGGGGCAUGGAGACUCUUGGAAGACACUAUUCGACCAGAUGACCAGUAUCGACCCCAAUGAUCGCCCUAAUGUUCAGUUCGUUGCUCAGAGACUCAAGAAGAUCAUUGACAAGCCGGUAGGCCUCAGGUAAACAAAAUUCAGUAUAUCCACUAUGUCUAAUAGGCACAACACGGCUGUUUAUUUAUCAAUCUUCAGAUUCGAAGAAGAUGGAAACCUAUGCGAACACCUAGGAGCAGUAAUGUUCCCUGAAAGUCACUCCAAAAUUCAAAGGAAGGGCGACAAAAAAGUGGGCAGUGGGGCCACCGGAGCCGGAUGGAAAGCCAAAUGGGGAGCAGAAGUUUGA